AACCUUCCCAGGUAAUAGUGGCUGGGUGUGACCUGAAAGAAUGUCAAACAAACAGAGUGCGGUCGGCCGCCUGUCCAAGUGAGGGAUAGAGGAUUUCAUAUCCAUGUCCAUCUGCCAGAGAAAAGGCAGCAGCCUAGUGCAGUGGAACCAGCAGCGCCAACCUUCAGGAAGCCACAGUUGAGGGAGCGGCUGGUGCUGCACGGGGGCCGGGAUGUUCGAGACGCUCUACGAGUGGUUUUGGUGGGAGCGGAUCUGGCUACCUGUCAACCUGACGUGGGCCGACCUGGAGGACCGGGACGGAAGGGUUUACGCCAAGGCCUCGCAUCUCUACGUCACGCUUCCUUACAUGUUUGUCUUCUUGCUGGUUAGAUACAUAUUUGAAAGGUGGAUCGCCACGCCUCUGGCUGCCGCAGCUGGGAUCAGACAGAAAGUGUGUCUGAAGGCGGAAGCCAAUCCCAUCCUGGAAUUGUACUACACCACUCGCAGUAGAAGUCCUCUGCAGGCAGACAUCGACGGACUGUCAAAGAAAAGCAGCCUGUCUGUCAGACAAGUGGAGCGCUGGUUCAGACGCAGACGCAGCGAGGACCGUCCAGGCGUGCUGAAGAAGUUCAGGGAGGCAAGCUGGCGUUUCGUGUUCUACCUCUCAGCCGUCAUUGGUGGUGUCGCAGCAUUAAUAGACAAAGAAUGGUUCUACGACAAUCGUGAAGUUUGGACCGGGUUUCCCAAGCAGUCCAUGCUGGAGUCCCAGUACUGGUAUUACAUCUUGGAGAUGAGCUUCUACGGGUCCCUGCUUGUCAGCGUCACUUUUGAUGUCAAGAGAAAGGACUUCAGGGAGCAGAUCAUCCACCACUUGGCCACCCUGGUACUGCUUUCAUUCUCCUGGUGUGUCAACUACAUUAGGAUUGGAACUCUGGUCAUGCUUGUCCAUGACGCCUCGGACAUUCUUCUGGAGUCUGCCAAACUGUUCAACUACGCCAAGUGGGAAAAGACCUGCCAGGCCCUCUUUGUUCUGUUCGCUCUGGUCUUCAUGGUCACUCGGCUGGUCAUCUUCCCCUUCUGGCUCAUCUACUGCACCUGGGUCUACCCGGUCCAGCACUACCCAGCCUUCUUUGGAUACUACUUCUUCAACGCCAUGCUGCUGGUGCUGCAGUGCCUGCACGCCUUCUGGGCUUACCUCAUCCUCCGCAUGCUCAGGAAGUUCUUGUUCGGCAAUCUCACCAGGGACGAGAGAAGUGACAAUGAAGAGGAGGAAGAGGACGAUGGCAGCCUCACUGAGGAUGGUGAUGAAGAUCAGCACAAGCUGGGUAACGGCGUCUCCGUGGAUGAGAAGGACAAGAAUGGCUGCCUCGGACGUUUAUCCAUGCCAGAGAACCUCUGUCUGUCCAAGACUGUUUCUAGUGUCUUUGACUGACUCCGCACGAGAUCACACUCUCAGGUGCCGGGCCACACUCUCGCUCCAGAUGUGUGUGGUCUGCUUAUUGGAUGUCAGGUCCGCGGCGCAACAACCUGCUGACACUUGCACUGCUUGAGCAUGGUGACACCACUAAGCUCCUCCCCUUGGUUACGAACCAGUGGGUCACCCAGCAAAACUGGUGCUGUUUCCACUUUUGUUUUUAGAUCCUCCAGAACAUUCACAUUGUGCACGACUGGUAGGACCUGAGCAAAACAUCAUCGUACUUCAACCUUUCUACUAGUGAUGGGCAGGUGAGGCUUCAUGAAACAGUGUUGCAGGGUGGAUGAAACAGUGGUCGAAUUUUCAGUGGCCACUAGAUGGUGCUCUUGGUUUAGAAAUGAUGUGAGGUCUCAGUGAGGGCUGAAGACAGCGCCCUCUGUUGGCCUCUGAAAAUCAGGACACUGUUUCAUGAAGCCUCAUCCACCCAUCACGACUCUCUUUGCUCCCCUCACGAUACGGGGUGGUAAACAUCAACUCAGCAUGACAGCAGCACUGUUGAAGAGCACAACAUAACAAACUGCAAAUGAGAUCCAUUUUUUAUAUUAACAAUUGGUUGUUGCAGCCCCACUUAAUCGGCCCUCUAUCUAACAACACGCAAGAGCAAAUAAAUCAGGCUAAAUUGUUGCGGGAAUUUGCCAGAUGGAGACCUUGGCUCCUGAAUGAUGACAUUCAUAGACAAAACAUGUAAGCAGUACGGGGUGGUGUGUAAAACUAUGGGGUCGGUAUAAAUCCUGAUUUUUAUUGAGCCAAUUCUGCCUUUAAUAUAAAUAAAUAAAUAAAAUAUAUACAAGUAACAUCCGACUUACAACCUGCUCGACUUACGUCCACCCGUACUUACGUCCACAGCCAGCAGAUGCAGCCCAGCAUCACGUACGAUAUAACUUUCCAAUCUGACUUACAAUCGGUUGGUCAGAACCGAUCCUGGUCAUAAGUCGGAUGUUACUUGUAUAUUUUAAAAAAAAUUGUGAGUGACGUCUCUCCAGAAGUGAAGAGGUGCCCGGUGCGUGUCCAGCUCUGAAUGUGCGCUUCUGUGCAGUUUGGCUGUGACAAAGUCAUAAACCAAGUCACGCUCUGUCCCAGACUGGCCUCAUCCCUGUCCCAGCUCCAGCCCACAACAGGACAUCAAACCCUGGAGUGAGCGCUCCAGCACCUCCCCUGUGACACUCUACCACGGUCCAGUGCGGAGACAGGAAAGGUUUUACACCUCAAUAUGAAGAAAGAACUGUCAGUAAACGGAGCUGCACACAGAGGCUGCGCAUGUUAUGUUUUUUCCGGCUUUUUUCGGGGGCGUUUGAGUUCUGGAUUUUUGUUGGAAAUCAGAAGGAAAAAAUCCCGAAAUUUUUGUUCGAUUCGAUUUUGUCCGAUUUGUUCGAAUUCCGAGACGAUGUGUGUGUGUGUGUGUGUGUAAUGUGUUUGGUACUCAUCAUGUGGGACUUUCCAGUUCUGUGUGAAAAAUGACAAAAUAUUCAUUGUGAAUUAUCGCUUUGUAUCUGUUUGAAUAUAUUCAUAUUUUUCACAGCUGAUGAAUGUGAUUGGACACCUCACAGUAGGAGCGUACCUUAUGUCCCGUCUUACCAUGUGACCUCACGUUUACAUGCACGCCACAUCUGCGGAGGAAUAUCCAAGCAACCGCCUUCUGAAGAAGCAAAGCUCACUGCAGUGCAAUGUACCGGUUAUUUCUGACAGUAUGACUUGGCUGUGCUCGACGCCUGGACAGCCGUUGACUGGUUGUGGUUCCUGAUGCAGAUGUGCUGCUGGUGACUUGCUUUCUCCCUGAUAAAAUGAUACUUGUGUCUUUUCUUUCUGGAGCUCAGUUUUUGCCAAAGAAUGACAAGUUA